CUCAUGCAUUCAUGAGCGCAGCUCACUAAUCAGAUCACAUGUCAGGGUUUCUUCAAACAAGGCCUGGUCUUGGCGACGUUCUUGUGACACUUCUCCUACAAUUCGUGCCUAUCGCCCGGCCAGGUUGUCAGUUAGUGUCCAAACUAGGCGCUCUAAAAACUCACGCCGCGCCAACCCGAGCUGACUCUUGCCAGAGCUCGCUUCAAGGUGCGAGAGACAGACUGUUCUGCAAGCCGUUCUGCAAGCAUUCCAGUUAGUGUUCAAUCUAGGUAAGCUGCACCAAGCAGAAAGCAAGUCGCUAUUGGGGCCAGCCACAGGUGCACUGUGUAGAGCUUGGGCGGCCAUAUUUGACGGCAGGCACCAUUGUACGGGGUAAGAUCCUGGAAUAUUGCACGGGGUAAGAUUCGGGAAUUUGGCCCAAGAAGGUGAAACAGCUUUACACGAUGGGGGCCGCCCAGAAGCUGAUGGGGACGGCGGCGCAGCAAGCAAAGCGGGCGGAGAUUAGCCUUAUCAAGGAGAUUGGGUAUGGCUUGUUAAUCGGUAUUGCGUGUGGGGCCGUUUGGAAGGUGAAUCACUGGAACGAGCGGAGAAAGGUCGAGGAGUUUUAUGCAAACCUUGAGGCAGGCAAGAUUACCACCGUGAAAGAGGAGUCAUAGCAGAGAUUACACAUGGAUUCAGAUCAAGCCCCGUUUUAUAGAGGAACUUCAGAUGGCUUCUUUAGUGAUAGAAGAUGGAAGACGUAUAACAGGUUGUGAGAUGGUGAUGACUCAGUUCGUCAUAAGCACACAAAAAGGUGUGUUAGAAGUGCCGUCUGUGCUUCUACACAAACAAGCAAGCAAGUCCAUCCUUUCAAGCUUUCCUUAAGUUGACAGUUGGGAAACAAAUACGGGCGUUUCAUCGGUCACUUGAGCCCCUGAGCUUUCCAAGCGUCCCGCUUUUCGGACCUACUACUCAGUGAGGUCAAUGCAAUCAUGUCAAGUCCAAUACUGAGCUGGAAGCCUAAGGAAGAGCAAAGCAGGAUUGCAAACCAGCUC